GUUUAAUACAAAUUGCCCCUAGUCACUAGCUGAUUAGCUGUUCACCUCGGUAGACGUCAAAACGUGAUGGAUACUCGUCAAAUAGGGUUUAUUCUUGUGGGUCAUUCAUCCCUGUUCCACGCUUUCCACUGCAAAAUUCUUGUUUAUCUCAGGACUAUUGAAUAGAUCCUAGUGUGCCAGAAAAUUAGAGAAAAUAAAAAAUGGUUCUAUCAGAAAGCUCGAAACAACGAUUGGCGUUGGUAAUAGAAGCAGCCAAGACAGUAUUUCAUUAUGGAUUCAUACCAACAGUGUUAUAUUUAGGAUUCCAAAAAGGCGCAGAUCCCGGUAUGCCAGAAAUAACAAUCGCAAAAAAAAAAUGUGACAUUCAUAGAAACCUAUGGAAUUCCUUAAUGGAUUAAUUUUUUAUCCAAUGCACUGUAAAUAAUCAUUAAUUGUGUAGUGUGCAUCUGAUGUAAAUGCAGCCCUGAAUCUCAUCUUAAAGGCAGAAAAACUUGAUAGAUUCACAAUAUUUUUUUUAGAAUCCUUACAAGUUGUUUUUUUUUCAGCAUCAUAUGGUAAACAGUCCAGGACUUACAAGAACAUAUAAUGUAUAAGCAAUAUGUAAUACAUUAAUUUUAUUUUAUAAAUACAUAUGUAUACAGUUGAACUAUAUUAAUUUUUUAAAUCAACACCUAGAAGCAA